AUGCAGUACGAUAAUUCAGCUCUCACCAUCACCUCCGUGGGCACUCCGGAUCCCUUCGUCACUGUUUUCAGGGGGCGCUAUUAUCUCACGUUUACUACCGGGAAUAGAGUUGAGAUAUGGUCCUCCCGUAGUCUGGUGGAUAUAGAGAGCUCUGCGGAUAGACAUGUAAUUUGGACCCCGCCUCAAGGCACAGACCACUCGGCCGACCUCUGGGCUCCCGAGCUACACGCUCUAAACGGCCGAUGGUAUGUCUACUACGCCGCUGCGAACCCAGCUUAUGGUAAUAAGAGCCACCGGAUGUAUGUGCUAGGCGGACCACCCGCAUCCGAAGAUCCAUGCCGGGGGCAAUGGGAAUUCUUAGGCCGUAUUCACGCCACGCAGGAUCAUUGGGCCAUCGAUGGUACCGUAUUCGAGCUGAACGGUCAACUUUACUUCGUGUACUCAGGCUGGCCUCUCGACAACCAAAACGACUCGGACCUCGUUCAGCAGUUGUUCAUUGUGAAGCUCUCGGAUCCGACGAGCGCAGCUAGCCCCGCCAUCAUGAUUUCCACCCCGCAGCAUGAAUGGGAGAUCACCCGCGAGGGUAACGGCACGGACCAUGGUAUCAACGAGGGCCCGCAGUUUUUGCGAUCGCCCGACGGUGGCAUCUCCUGGCAGGGUCUGGUCUUCAGCUGCGGAGGCAGUUGGACCCACGAAUAUAAGAUGGGACUGCUCAGGUACACUGGCGGUGACCCGUUAGACCCGGCAUCGUGGCGUAAGGGCGAGGAGCCGCUCAUGCAGACGCGAAGACACGGCGCGGGUCCGUACGGGCCGGGCCACGGCUCGUUCAUCGCCCUCGGAGACCAGGUCGUGGCUAUAUACCAUGCCACUGACAGCCCGACGGACGGGUGGGAAAACAGAAGGGCUCGGGCGCAAAGAGUCGCGUUCACGAGGGACGGACCGUACAUGGGCAGGUCCCUAGGCUUGGAGAUGCAGAAGCAUGAUGGAGGGCUGGUCAAACGCAUGAAGCUGAGGUUAGGGAUGAGUGGGAAGAGCAAGGCAGAGGCAGCGAGCGAGAAGAACUUGAGAAUGUUAUUGGGGAGUUGUUAG